UGGACGGUUCUUCAUAAACAGCUCGUCAACCACCUCGGUAGCUUGCUAGCCAACAUAGCCGGAAGAUUCAAGCUAUUUAGACGCUUUCGGUGUAUAUUAGCUUCUGUGUUUUAGACACGCGUCUGUCUUAUUUACUUGUUAACCUAUUUAAUAUUACGUUUUUAUUAGUCAGCUAUAGUAGCUGGCUGGUUAAGUUAGCACUAGCCUAGUCGCUCAUGAUAGCUAGCUAGCUAACAUCCCCGAACAUGAGCUCUCUAAACUACUCCCCUCCUGUUAAAGAAGAGGAGGUCUGCUGGACGGAGAAAGAAGCUCUGGGGCUGAACAUUAUCGUGAAAGAAGAGAAGGAAGAGGAGGAUGUCACAGUAAAACAAGAAGUAGAGGGUGAGGCUGUUACCGUGAAAGAAGAAGAGGAAGACUCGUUCAGAGUGAAAGAGGAGGAGGAUGUCACAGUAAAAGAAGAGGAGGAUGCAGUUUUUGGAGUGAAGAAGGAAGGAGAGAUUACUGUCACAUUGAAAGAUGAAGAGGUGGAAAUCAGAGAUCUGAGUAACACCAGAGAGAGACAUGGCUAUCAUGGAUCCUCUGGGGAGCCUCAACAACAACAUCAUGAUGCUGACGAGGCAGAGAAGAGUCUCUCCAGAUCAGAAUUCCUCAAGAAACACCAGCAGAGACCCACAGGGAAAAAAUCUCAUUGCUGCUCUGACUGUGGGAAGAGAUUCACCUCCUCAGCAGGCAUUACAAUUCAUCAGAGAAUCCACACAGGAGAGAAACCUUAUUGCUGUGAUCAAUGUGGGAAGAGAUAUCUUACAUGUAGCAGUCUAACUAAACACCAGAGAACACACACAGGAGAGAAACUUUUUAGCUGCUCUGACUGUGGAAAGAGUUUUGUUUCUUCAGGAUGUUUAGAAUCACACCAGAGAACACACACAGGAGAGAAACCUUAUCGAUGUGAUCAAUGUGGGAAUAGAUAUGUUACAUCUAGCAGUCUGACUAAACAUCAGAGAACACACACAGGAGAGAAACCGUAUAACUGUAAACAAUGUGGGAAGACUUUUAGUCAGUCAUUCAGCCUGAUAUCACACCAGAGAACACACACAGGAGAGAAACCUUAUAGCUGUGAUCAAUGUGGGAAGAGUUUUGUUACUUCUAGCAGUCUGACUAUACACCAGAGAACACACACAGGAGAGAAACCUUAUAGCUGUGAUCAAUGUGACAAGAGAUACUCUAGUAAAAGAUCUCUGAUCAAACAUCAGAAAAUACAUACAGGAAGGAGUUGUUUCACGAUAUCAAUGAAAUAGAAUCUCACUAUUUAGAAUGUUUUAACGUUGUAGUAGGAGUAUUUUAAUGUGGUCAUAAUGUAGAACCCUAAAUAUUUGUCCCCUGUUCUAUUGAUUUCAGCAUAAGGAUAUUAGCCUCAGGGGGAAAUCCAGGCUCUGAAUUGAAAAGAGUACUAUUUAUGUGGUCUAACAAAAAGUGACUAACAAAAAAGUAGUUGUGUUGCACUUACAGUGUUGGUGACCCACUUGAAUCGAUAUGUAGCUAGCUGUUUUCUACAAAUUGUCUUCUAACCAGUGAUGUACACAUUAUUCCCAGAUUCCGUGUGUUUUUUGAGCUGUUAAUUUUAACAGGACGUGUAAGUGAAUUAUUGCCAAUACAUAUAAAAAAGGGAUGUACAUUUGGUGUUGAUAUUUUAUAUUUACAAUUCAUGUAAUAUUUAGUCAUUGUGAUUAUUUAUGCAACCAACUGACAAUUUUUGGUUGCAAUUAUAUUGACUUUGUUGCCCUGCUUUUAGAAUAUUGGGGUUUAUUCUCAGAUGUGCCAGCCCAAAUGUACUAGAGAAUGACAUUAUGGACUGGGCCCCGAUCCAACAACUUGCCUAUCAAGUGAACCCUGAAAAGAGAGAGAAGCUCCGCAGUGAGGUGUAAAGUUACUAAGGAUAUUGCAGGAUUUCCCUCUUGAAAUCAGACAUGUCCGUGGUAAGGACAACUUGGUUGCUGAUUGUCUCAAGGGUGGGCAGUCAAAAAUAUUUGUGUUUUGUGUUUGCCAGUGCGUUACCAUGGAUCACAAUUUAUUUUGAUUGCACAUUUUUCCGUAUUGGAGAUGAGUUUUGUUUAGGUUCUAGAGUUCUGAUUUUUUUUUUUGGGGGGGGGAAACCUAGUCAGUUGUACAACUGAAUGCAUUCAACUGAAAUGUGUCUUCGGUACACUGAUUGGUGUCACCUCGUUAGUAGGUAUGUGUUACACCUGUGCUGGCUUGUCCAUCUCGUUAGUGGGAAGGUGUUUCACCUGAGCUGGUCCAGGUUCUAUUUAAGAGUGUCUGGCCCAGUGCUCCAGUUGUCUUGAUGGAUGUUGCGAGUCAACAGCUUUAGUUGCUCCACCUUUUUGUUUUCCCUCCUGUCUUUAAGUUUGGUGUGGGUGUUCAUUUUGUUUGCCUCUUCUUGGGCAGAUAUAGUGUCGAUCAUGGUGGGUGUCUUUUAUGUCCCAGUUGUUGUUACUAGUCAACUUUCAGUGGACACCCCCAUAGUGUCUUUCAGAACCCCUCCUCAAACCCCUCCUGUUUAGUUGUGGCUGUUGUCAGUGACUCUUUGUUAAUUCCCUCUUCUAUUUAAGUGACAUUUCUGGUUUUCUUGAUGGGGAACGUAACAACAAACAAUGUAGUAAAACAAGCUUAUAUUUUGGGUUGGAUAUUUCAUCCAAUUCUUAAUAUUUUAAUCAAUGGCAUAUCUUUAGAAUGCUCAUUAGUCUUUCAGUUAUUGUUUUUUAUCCUCAUGUUUGUGUACUAAAUAUUUGUUUAUUUUCAUUUUUUUUCAUUUUUCCUGUGAAACCAUUGUUUCAUCCAUGUCUGAAAUAUGCUGUAUAAAUAAAGCUUGAUUUGAUCAUAUUGUAAAACAAA